AUGCUCAUCAAUUUCUUGACCAUUGCAACAAUCCUGGGAACUGGGAUCUUAGGUCUUCCAGUAACGAUAGCCCAUGCUGGACUGGUGCCUUUCCUGGUCUCCUUCCUCGUUGGCUUCUUUGUCCAAGCCUUGCUCAUCUACCUGUUUGUGGAACUUCUUCAGAAAUGUCAAGUGGUGCAGCUGGAGUCUCUGAAGACAGGUGUCGCAGAGUGUAUCGUGAUGGACCAGGUGGGCGUGGAGGAUCCGGCCCCCACGGAGGAGGAGGACGAGGAUGAAAGUGAAAAUGCAGAAGCAGAUACAGGUUUACUACAGCCGGAUGCAUUAGCUCUGCACCAGCAAGCUGAUAGCCUGCAGCCCAACCUUCAUCUGCUCGGCCGCCUCUUCCUUUCCCGCCCCAUGAGCCACGCUUUCAACUGCAUUCUCCUCUUCCAGUUCAUUUCAAUUGGAAUCAGUUAUGUCUUAGCUGGCAGUGAGGCCUACGCUGCGCUUCUUAAUAUCAGACACAUCUACGUGAUCCCAGCCUUCACCUGGAUUCUGACUCCGGCCAUCUUAUUGGCCCACACCGUCAUUCAGCCAAUCACGUCGCUGCUCACCCUCCUGAAGGGAAUCCUGCUCAUCGUCACGGUGGCGGUGACAUUUGCAGUGGGGUCGGAGGUCGGCCUUCAGAGCAGCAGCGACUUCAGUCAGAUGGGGAAACCUUUCCUAAUGGGCACAGUGGCUCUGGGUGGGAUUGUAAACGUGAUGCCGCUGCUUUUCUCACAGAUCUCGCACAACAAAACACAGAUCCUGUGGUUCCGGAGAGCGGUGCUCGGAGGUCUGACAACGUGCACUGUGCUGAACAUCCUCUGGUGUUGGGCCGUUCUGGAGAUUGUCCCUCAGACGUCGUUACCAGAACGGAGAAUGGCAGCAGAGACGACGACCCAGCCCGACUACAGCAGCCCAUCUGGUCCUCCAUCCUCAGUCGUCCCCCACCUGUACUCCAACAUCUCACUAGAACA